AUGUUUUUGAUCACCAGUAUCCUACUUGCUUUAUUCAUUGUCGUCGUCGUUGCUUAUUUAUGGCAUAUUCGCAAAGCAUACGACUUUUUCAUCAAACUUAAUAUCCCUGGCCCGCCACCCACACUCUUCUUCGGCAACUUUCUCGAUAUCAUCAGAAGCAAACGAUUAUCGUUGAGUAUCCAUGAGUGGACAAAAAAGUAUGGUCGUAUAUAUGGUUAUUAUGAAGGACACACACCGAUUAUUGUGGUUUCUGAUCCGGAUGUUUUGCAAGAUGUAUUCAUAAAAUCAUUUUCAAAUUUUCAUUCUCGCCGACCGUUUCCUUUGGAAGGUCGACACGAGAAGAGCAUACAUCUUUUCAGCGCGACGGGUCUUCGUUGGAAACGUCAAAGGUUUAUAAUCAAUCCGACAUUUUCAUCAUCGAAACUGAAGCAAAUGACACCGUUAGUUCAUCGAAGUAUCAAUGUGUUGAUGAAGAAAUUGUCUGAUGAAUGCAAAAAAGGUGAACCGUUCGAUAUCUAUGCCUAUUUGAAACGUUUCACAAUGGAUACAAUUUGGUCGUGUGGCUUUGGAAUCAACACAGAUAUGCAAAACAACAGUAACGAUCCUUAUCUCACGCAUUCACAAGAAGUGUUUAACGAUAAAUUGCGAAUCAGUGUGAUAGCUGCUUUGUUUAUCACUGAACUCGAACGUUUCUGGUUUGCACUUCACACAUAUGCCAAUAAGAUACGAUACUGGAUUCGACAUAUUUUUCCAAUCACUAAAAAUUUCAUUGAUGAGGAUCCCGAGACAUGGAUUACGAAACAAGCUAAAAAAAUCAUUGACCAACGCGGAGUUUCUGGUCCAAGAAAUCGAACCGAUUUGUUACAUUUAAUGCUCGAAUCUGCUACCGAUGCAGAUUAUAUCCAGGAUCGUCGGAGUUCAUUCGUCAAUAACAGCGAUACAGGACUUGAAGUUCCAUUGAUUCGAAAAUUGACAACCCAUGAAAUUGCUUCCAACAUCUUCCUCUUCAUGAUUGCUGGCUAUGAAACUACCAGUACUGCACUCAGCUAUGUCUCCUAUGUUCUUGCUACUCAUCCACAUGAGCAACUCACCCUACAACACCACAUCGACACCUACUUCAAUCCAGAACAUGAAGACGAAAUGCCUUCGUACGACAUACUGUCACAAAUGAACUAUCUCGACAUGUUCAUUCGCGAGACCCUUCGAAUGUAUCCUAUCGCACCGGUAGUCAUCAAUCGUCAAAGUACAGAAGCCUUUGACCUCAAAGGAGUGGGUGUUGUUCCGGUAGGCACUCGUAUAGCCGUAGACAUCUACAAUCUCCAUUUCGAUACUGAGUUGUGGGGACCAGUGGAUCCGCACACAUUUUAUCCAGAGCGAUUUGAGACGAAGCGUCAUUCGAUGGCGUGGAUACCAUUUGGAGCAGGCCCACGAAACUGCGUCGGAAUGCGUUUUGCACUGAUGGAAAUGAAGAUGGUGCUUGUUCGUCUGCUAAAAACAUAUUCAGUGAUUGGAUGUGAUGAUCAAAGGAAUACAUUUGAGUCGAAAUUGAAAGAAGCUGUAGUUAUAGCUCCAAGUGAAAUUAGAAUUCGUUUAGAACGACGACACGAACGAGACGCUUAG